CUCUACUCCUAGAGACAUCUUUCAAGAUGGGUCUUCCUAAGAUUCCGAUUCAACUCUCUUGCUUCUUCUUCUUCGUUGCUACUAUUCAAGCAUAUACGGUAUUUAAGCCCAAAUGCUCAGCCCCUACCGCUGAGGCGAAUUAUGUGGCAGCUCCCGAUUCCCGCGGCACACUCGAUAUACUGUUAAAAUCUAUAUUUACAAUAUUUGCAUGUACUUGGACCAUUCAUCAUCCCAAUGUCCCAAGGCAAUAUCACGGCUACGUUGAUCAAAACCCCAAGUCUAAGCUAUGCGGUUAUCUUAACUUGGGUCCUUUGAGCUGGCGUCUAAAAGGAUUCUUGAAAAGUACAGGGAGAAUGAUCCUCACGAUAUUUGCGCCUGAAGUCAUUAUUGCCGUGGCUUAUAACGACCGUCUUGCAACCCGUGAGGAUCAUGAGCUAUUGGACAAGCUGGCAGAAGGCGAAGAAGGCGGCAAGGUGGAAUGGUCGUUGGACCACACUUAUUACGCGAACAUGGGAGGCUUCGUCAUCAAGAAAACAAACGCCGAAGCUGAGACUGGAAACGGAUACAACUUACACCACCUGUCUGGGAGAGACGUUUAUAUUCUGCGAAAGAAGAGAUGCAUCGGAAAGCUGCCAAAUAUUACCCAAAGAGAGCUCAAAGACAGGGUCAAAAGCGAUUCACUUAUAAAGGCAAUCUCCAUCUCGCAGAUUAUCUGGUCUACAGCACGGAUAUUGGAUCGAACUGUUUACGGGCUGGCCAUAUGUGCCCUUGAGCUGACGGUAUUGGCUUUUGCACUCUGCGCGAUUGCCAUCUAUUGGCUGUACUGGGACAAGCCUAAGAGCAUUGGCGUAUCUACAACCAUUGACCGAUUAAUAAGCUAUGAAAGGAUAAAGGACAUUCUUGUGGAAGCGAGAACUCGUGCAUACAGUACUAGACACAUCUUUUCCCUAAAAAGAACUCGCGCUUUCUCCUCAAGAUCUGAAGCGGUUGAUGGUGCACCACUGAGAAUCGACACUAUUCGGGAAGGCAAAGAAUUCGAUAACAAGACAUUCUGGGCACUGUUAGUGGGAGUAGUGCUAUUUGGAGGGAUACAUGUUGGAGGCUGGCGCGUCUAGUUUCCUUCAGAGACACAUCAGAUGCUGUGGCGAGUCGCAACCAUGUACUCUGUUGGCUGUGUGUUCAUCGCCUUGGUGGCCGUCUUCCUGCGCAAGAUUGGAGAGAAGCCCAGCGGCGGGUUCUUGCUUGGAACGCUGCCGAGAUGUUGCGGCAGAUUUUUGCACGUCGUUGGCCUGUUGCUCUACAUUGUUGCGCGACUGGUUAUCCUGUUUGAGAUGUUUUGGACUCUGCUCUUUCUGCCC